GGGGUCCGGUCCCAGGCUGUGGGUGCUGAGAAGAGAGGACAGAGAAGCUGGGCCAGGAGGGGCCGGGAACCCCAGGGGCUGCUCCGACUUCUGGAGGGCCGACCCCGAGGCCUCGGAGCGGGAGGUUCCGCGCGCCGCGGCGUUCCAUGUUGUGGCGUUGCCCCGCCGAGGAUGCCAGCCCCCAUCAGAUUGCGGGAGCUGAUCCGGACCAUCCGGACAGCCCGAACCCAAGCUGAAGAACGAGAAAUGAUCCAGAAAGAAUGUGCUGCAAUCCGGUCAUCUUUUAGAGAAGAAGACAAUACAUACCGAUGUCGGAAUGUGGCAAAAUUACUGUAUAUGCACAUGCUGGGCUACCCUGCUCACUUUGGACAGUUGGAGUGCCUCAAGCUUAUUGCCUCUCAAAAAUUUACAGACAAACGCAUUGGCUAUUUAGGGGCAAUGCUGCUGUUAGAUGAAAGACAAGAUGUCCAUCUUCUCAUGACCAACUGUAUCAAGAAUGAUCUUAAUCAUAGCACGCAAUUCGUACAGGGGUUAGCACUUUGUACCCUCGGCUGCAUGGGCUCCUCAGAGAUGUGCAGAGAUCUUGCAGGAGAGGUAGAGAAGCUCCUGAAAACCUCCAACUCUUACUUAAGAAAAAAGGCAGCACUGUGUGCUGUUCAUGUCAUCAGGAAAGUUCCUGAACUUAUGGAGAUGUUUUUACCAGCAACAAAAAAUUUAUUGAAUGAGAAGAACCAUGGUGUCCUCCACACAUCUGUAGUCCUCCUCACAGAAAUGUGUGAGCGAAGCCCAGACAUGCUUGCGCAUUUCAGAAAGCUUGUGCCCCAAUUAGUUCGUAUUUUAAAGAACCUCAUCAUGUCCGGAUAUUCACCAGAACAUGAUGUUUCUGGUAUCAGUGACCCCUUUUUGCAGGUACGAAUUUUGCGGUUAUUAAGAAUUUUAGGACGAAAUGAUGAUGAUUCAAGUGAAGCUAUGAAUGAUAUAUUAGCACAGGUUGCCACUAAUACUGAGACUAGUAAAAAUGUAGGAAAUGCUAUUCUUUAUGAAACGGUUUUGACUAUCAUGGAUAUUAAGUCAGAGAGUGGAUUGCGAGUCCUAGCCAUAAAUAUCCUGGGUCGUUUCUUAUUGAACAAUGACAAGAAUAUUAGAUAUGUGGCUCUGACAUCUUUGUUGAAGACUGUACAGACAGAUCAUAAUGCAGUACAGAGGCACAGAAGCACAAUUGUGGACUGUCUUAAAGAUUUGGAUGUCUCAAUAAAACGGCGUGCAAUGGAAUUGAGUUUUGCCCUGGUAAAUGGGAAUAAUAUCCGAGGCAUGAUGAAAGAAUUACUUUAUUUUCUGGAUUCGUGUGAGCCAGAAUUUAAAGCUGACUGUGCAUCUGGAAUCUUUCUUGCUGCAGAAAAGUAUGCACCUUCCAAACGAUGGCAUAUAGACACAAUUAUGCGUGUUUUGACAACGGCAGGAAGUUAUGUUCGUGAUGAUGCAGUCCCCAAUUUAAUCCAGUUAAUAACUAAUAGUGUGGAGAUGCAUGCCUAUACUGUCCAGCGCCUGUACAAAGCAAUUCUUGGUGAUUAUUCUCAACAACCUUUGGUACAAGUGGCUGCAUGGUGUAUAGGUGAAUAUGGUGAUCUUCUUGUAUCUGGCCAGUGUGACGAGGAAGAGCCUAUUCAGGUAACAGAGGAUGAAGUGUUGGAUAUUUUAGAAAGUGUCCUAAUCUCUAAUAUGUCCACCUCUGUGACACGAGGUUAUGCCCUCACUGCCAUUAUGAAGCUUUCUACUCGAUUCACUUGUACUGUAAACCGAAUUAAGAAAGUGGUUUCCAUCUAUGGAAGCAGCAUUGAUGUGGAACUCCAGCAGAGGGCAGUAGAAUAUAAUGCACUUUUCAAGAAAUAUGACCACAUGAGGUCUGCCCUACUUGAGAGAAUGCCUGUUAUGGAAAAAGUGACCACAAAUGGCCCUACUGAGAUUGUGCAGACAAAUGGAGAGACAGAACCAGCUCCACUAGAGACCAAACCGCCACCCUCUGGGCCACAGCCCACCAGCCAGGCCAAUGAUUUAUUGGAUUUGUUGGGAGGAAAUGACAUAACACCUGUUAUUCCAACUGCACCUACAAGCAAACCAUCUUCUGCUGGUGGAGAACUUCUUGAUUUGCUGGGAGACAUCAACCUUACAGGUGCUCCAGCUGCUGCUCCUGCCCCUGCCUCAGUCCCACAGAUAUCCCAGCCCCCCUUCUUGUUGGAUGGGCUUUCAUCACAGCCUCUCUUCAAUGAUAUUGCUGCAGGCAUCCCCUCCAUCACAGCAUACAGUAAGAAUGGCUUGAAGAUAGAAUUCACCUUUGAACGGUCAAAUACCAACCCCAGUGUAACAGUGAUAACGAUACAGGCCUCCAACAGCACAGAGCUAGAUAUGACGGACUUUGUUUUCCAAGCUGCAGUACCAAAGACAUUCCAGCUGCAGCUCUUGUCUCCUAGCAGCAGCAUUGUCCCAGCAUUUAACACGGGGACCAUCACACAAGUCAUUAAAGUUCUGAACCCUCAGAAGCAACAGCUGCGAAUGCGGAUCAAGCUUACAUAUAAUCACAAGGGCUCAGCAAUGCAAGAUCUAGCAGAGGUGAACAACUUUCCCCCUCAGUCCUGGCAAUGAGGGUUUGGCACCAUUCUCAUUCUUAUCCCACUCAAUCAAAGGAACUCUGGGAAGGAGGUUGUGAUUGCUGGCAAGUCCCCCCCAACUGUACCACGGGCAUGAGGAGCUGAAGAGAACUGCUGAGGAGGAUUUUCCUAAAGUUACUGCUGACCUUAAAGCAUUGUUAAAGACUAAUGUCCUCUCCUCCACUGUUGAGGCUGGCUGCUUCUGGAGGCUACUUUGCACUCUUCCUCUUCUCCUUUUUCCGCACUUCUCCACCCCUCCCACAUUUACAGCCAGAAUCAACAUUCCCUGGGCCCCUGAGGAAAUAAGCAGCUGGUCUGGAGGAGAGGACUGCAAUCCAUGGCGAAAAAACACUCACUUUGUCUCUGCAGCAAAGAGUUGCCCCUUCUUUCUACUGUUGUUUCUCUGUGGACUGGGCAAGGUGGGGUAUUUAUUCCUCACUAGCUGGGUUACCAUCUUCAGGCACUUUUAACAUCUGGCAUUCGGAAUGGAAACAUAAUAAUGGACAUUAGGGAGCCCUGCCUUUUUCUACUGGUUCCCCCAAUGUUUGAAAGAGGCAUUAGGCUCCUGGUAGCCUUUUCUGUGCAUUGCUGUAUACACACAGACACACACAUGUAUGUUUGUUAUCAAGAACUGGUCAGACCUUGCGAGUUUAUUUGUAAACACUGGACAGAUGGAGUUAAAAAGAGCUUUUGUUGAGAUUUGGCAUGAAGGAUAUGGUGCUCUAUUUGUAAUAGAAACUUCCAAGGCUCUUCCAGCUCCCCUUUUUCUCCAUUCUUUAGCUGUAGUCAUGAAUAGUCUCCAUGAUUUUCAAAAUUGAUUCCCUUUAAAAUGCAAAAUGGUCACCUUCUAAAAGAUACAUUCAUAGUUAUUAAUGACCCUAUUCCCACCACAAAUUUUAAAGUGCUCCUAAGCCCAUAACUUGCCUGUUUGAACUAUGGUAAUGGGUGGAAGAGGAGUUCACCAGUUUUAAAGAUCAGACUCUGUAUCAAAAGUACCUUUGCCCUUAGGAAGAGUGAGUAUUGGAGUCACCUGUUACUCCAAACCUCCCUUUUUAUUUCUUGAGCCUGGCUUGGACCUUGGCAUUCCGUUUGAAUUCCUUCUAACUGGAACAUUUGUGUUGUAUCUGUAACACUGGCACUGAAAUAAAGACCACACGGUUAAAGAAA